AUGGAGAGAUUGAGGCCAGGAUGGGCAGUGAAGGCGAUCGUAGUGAUAAUGAUGACAUCGAUUCUGUUCCGAUGCGUCUCCGCUACCAACCACUCCGUUGGUGAUUCCACCGGCUGGGAUUUGGCUUCGGAUCUCCGAGCUUGGUCUGCUGCCACCACCUUUCACGUCGGUGACUCUCUCGUGUUCGCCUACACUCCGCUCCACGAUGUGUUAGAAGUGGACCAAUCCGAUUUCGAUUUGUGUCAAAUAUCACACCCAAUCAACGCGCACCGUGACGGUUAUACCGUGAUCCAGCUGAACCAGACGGGCGCCAGGUACUUCAUCUGCGGCCGACUCGGGCACUGUGACAUGGGCCUUAAACUCCAAGCCCAAGUCCUCCCUCAGCUCACCCCCAAUGCAACCCAUGCUGGUUCUGACGGUAAUGGUAACGGUGAUGGCGAAAAUGACGGUAACGGUGACCGUGACGGUGACGGUAGUGAUACAGAUCAGCGCCAUGGAGGAGGACUUGGAAGAAGAGCUCCUCCAUACAACACCAACCAGCCAACUCCUCCAAAUGAUCAUGGUCAUGAAAGCCCAGCUCCACCAUCGAAUAGGUCAAAGGAGAAACCCGAAGUACCGCCUGCUGCUUCCACUUGUAAAGGCCACGUGGAGGCACCUGGCUCCUUGAACUGGUGGUGCUUGCCCUUGAUUACGCUGCUGCUGAUAAUCUCUUCUCGGCCCCGCGAAACGCUGUGUUUCUUGUUCAACUUUUUACAUCUCGUGACCUGA